AUGUGCGAAGAAGGAAAGUUCUCGAUUUCGGAUUUGAAGAAAAGCCACGAUGAUCUGAAAGGACUUCUCGAAGAAGCGAGAAAGCAUUACAAGUUCGAGGCAUAUUUGACGCCGGGAAAAGUCGGAGCGGCGCUGAAAAAUGAUCACAGAAAGGCGGAAGAAAAUACGAACAAGUAUGGACUUUGCCGUCGACUUUUGGAAGAGCCGCAGCCCCCUAAAUUUCAUAUUUUCCGAAGAAAGCCGCUGAAAAAGGACACUUCCGCGGCUUGA